AACCAACCAGACGCCAUGCAUUCCUCAAAAUCAAAGCUCUUCAGCACGUUUAUUAACUCCACAUUCUUCUCAUUACCUUCGAGUGUUCUUUUAGUUGGGGGAGUGUUUGAAGAUGAGCGUAGAGAUAUUGGACGGAGCCACCCUUCGUGAGUUCGUGGAGGAUGAGGGAGCCUUCAACGGGUCGGUCGAGGACCGGUUUGCAAGCCUCGACACCGACCGUGAUGGCCAGCUCUCGUAUGCGGAGAUGGCGAGGGAGCUGAUGAGCCUCAGGGUGGUGGAAACCCACUUCGGCAUGGACGAGGUGAAGCUGAGCGCCGACGAGCUUGUCCGACUCUAUCGUGGCCUCUUUGCUCGGUUCGAUCACGACGGCAAUGGAACCAUAGAUUUGGAGGAGUUCCGUUCGGAGAUGAGGGAGAUGAUGCUGGCGGUGGCCAACGGGCUCGGUUUCUUGCCGGUCCAGAUGGUGGUGGAGGAGGGAAGCUUUCUCAAGAAGGCCGUGGAGAGGGAGUCGACAAAGUUUGCCGCAUAGAGAUCUUAUUGUUUUGCGGAGAAUAGAGGGUCCAAGGCUUAAUUAUUGAGCUAUUUUCCUAUAUAUUGAUCGGUUUUGUUUGGGUCUUCCUACUUAUUGUUUUCUUAUUGAUCAGUUUAGACUUAUAAAAUUGCUAGCUAAUGGAUUUGUUUUCAGAAGAGAUAGUACGAUGAUUCAAAUGUAACUUCCUUUUGGAGGUUUUGUGUACUGGAUAUCAUAUCAUGAGAUAACUAGUGAAUGAAAUAUUUGAGACUUGUGUUA